AUGAGGGGGUUUGAGCUGACCUUUUUGACGCGUCUAGGCAUCGGAGCGGUGGACAUCAUGAAGCUGAAGAAUGCUGGCCUGUGGACCGUUGCCUCCGUCCACAGCACGACGAAGCGACAGCUCGAAAAGAUCAAGGGGUUCAGCGAGACCAAGGUCGAGAAGGUGAAGGAAGCGGUCAAGAAGUGCAUGCCGCACAGCGGCUUCGUGACGGCACAUGACCUCGCUCAACAGCGGAAAAAGAUCAUCAAGGUAUCAACGGGCAGCAAGCAGCUUGACGCUAUACUUGGAGGUGGAUUCCAGAGCCAGAGCAUCAGCGAGGUUUUCGGCGAGUUCAGGUCUGGGAAAACUCAGCUGUGUCAUACAAUGUGCGUAAUGGCUCAGUUACCCAAGGAGAUGGGCGGAGCCGAGGGCAAAGUGGCGUAUAUCGACACGGAAGGCACAUUCAGACCGGAACGCAUUGCACAGAUCGCUGAACGCUUCGGCUUGGACCCGGACACGGCGCAGCAGAAUAUCUCGUACGCCCGGUGCGUCAACAGCGAGCACCAACUUGAAUUGCUGGAGACGUUGUCUCAGUCCUUCAUAAGUGGCGAGUACCGGUUGUUAAUCAUCGACUCUGUGAUCGCCUGCUUCCGAACCGACUAUGUUGGCCGCGGUGAACUGUCUGAAAGACAGCAGAAGCUGGGCCAAUAUCUACAACGUCUGAAUCACAUUUCGUUGGAAUAUAACGUCGUUGUUUUCCUCACAAACCAAGUGCAGAGUGAUCCCGGCGCAAGCGCACUCUUUGCGGGAUCGGACGGGCGCAAGCCAGUUGGUGGACAUGUGCUUGCCCAUGCUUCGCACACAAGAGUCCUCUUGCGCAAAGGUCGCGGCGAAGAGCGGGUUGCCAAACUUCAGGAUUCUCCAGACAUGCCUGAAGCGGAAGCGACUUAUAUCAUCACCAAAGGUGGUAUCAACGACCCGGAUAAGUCCUAGUUUUCGUAUCGCACAUGCCCAUUUUCCUUCUCAACAAGAACUAUAUAUUUCGAGUUAUGGAAGUGCUGCGCUUUGGCAGUAAUGUUUUUUUCGCUAUGACGGAGUCGUUACUUUUGCUCCAACCAAGUCUCCACACAUAAUUGUUCUGGGAAACACGGGCUUUGCUAGCGGCGCUCUGACUUCCAAAUAUCCGCAAAUGUUACCAAUUUAUGCGUAAUAUGUGUCGAUUAGUACCUCAGAAGCAUCUCUCGCAUUAGCAUUACUAUUAAUGGCUAAAUGAUAUGUAC